AUGAACAACUUCCUGGUAAGGGUCCACACGGACGACGACCAAAUAAGGGAUGAACUUCACAACCAAUUCGCGCAGAACUUUGUUUCGGGGGAUCCCCCCAAAGAGGCGCCACACGAAUCUGAAAAAUGGGAGGAAGCGCCAAGGUAUGUUCUCACGGAGCAUUACGUGGACACGUAUUUAACUCCGUUUCUGAUUAGAAGUGAUGAGGAGGGGGAUCCGUAUAACUGCGUGGUUUGUCAGCUGGACGUGCGGUUCGGCAAGAGAGGGUUGGUUACUUGUAACGAUGUCACCACGUCAAAUCAUGUGACCACCCCUAAGGGUGACGCCAGGAGUGAUGAACGAACGCUGCUGGUGCAGCUGUGCGGGUCCCACAUCUACUUCGAAAACAUGCAAGAGGAGGGAUUCCACGUGAAGACAAAUCAGCGGGGGAAGAAGUUCCGAGAGUACAAAAUAAAAAACAGAGAUGUACUCCUCCUUCACGGUAGUUGCAACUACACCGACGUGAAAGGGUUAUAUAACUAUAUUAGAAAGAACAAACAGGACUUGGAAAGCGCACUCAACAAACUGGAAGGAAGUUUCUUCCUCCUCUAUAUUGACUAUUCAGACGAACAGGCAAACAUAUACUUUUGUAAUGACGCCUGGGGAAUGAAGUCUGUCAUGUUCUUCUACGAGCAGUCCUCCGUCUUGUUAACAAAUUCGUAUGGACUUUUCAUUCACCACCAUUUUAAUUUUACCAAAGGGGAUGGGAUCAAUUACCUGUUCGACAAUUCAUCUGUCGACGGAGAACUGAACUUGGUUCACCAUGAUGGGGUGUUCCGAACAGACGAUGAGGUUCUCCCUAAGUGGAGUGGAUCUCCCAGAAGGGGUAGUCAACAGGAACAAGGAAAUAUCCCCCCCCAAAGUAUCAUAAACGAUAAGGUAGGAACACAGAUAAGCCCCUACCACAUUUACAGCGUGAACAUAUUCGAAAAAGGCAAAAUAACGUUAAAUAAGAUCACUAAAAGGAAUAGCAUCUACACCAAGUAUACCGACUGGAGUAACGAUCACCUCUCCGUGGAAGAAAAUUUUCAUCGCAUUUGCAACUUUGUUGAGGGGAUUUACUUCACACACAGUGGGUAUAGGGAGGAGUGGGCUCUCCUAAAACGCACCAUUCAGGAAUCGGUGAAGCAUUAUAUUCAUGGGGACGCAGACAAACGGAGGGACGCACAAACCAUGCUAAACAACUGUUUUGUCCAAACGUAUAUGAAGUUGUUAAGAGGAGUCAUUGAGAGGAAAAUCGAGGAAGUUUUUCCCAAUACGGAAGAUCAAUCUGAAGUAGGGAAAAAUCACCUGAACGGUGCAGGUGAAAAUGAAAAAUUUACAGAAAAUUUUAUGCAAAAUGUUCCCUUCAGAGUUGAAUGUAACCAACGUGAGGGGAAAGACAAAUCGGUGGGGAUCCUCUUCUCGGGAGGGAUAGACUCAACCCUGCUGGCGUUAACGACGAUAAGAUCCUACUUCAGUCGGUAUACAGAUGGGUAUGUUGAACUGGUAAACGUGUGCUUCGACGACAAUGCGGUCGAUAGGUACACCUCACUAAUUUCGUAUGAACAAAUUGUAAAGCUUCACCCCGAACACGAUAUCAGGUUAGUGUUUGUUGACGUCUCCGCAGAGGACCUACUCAAAUACGAGAGGAUUAUUUUUUCAUUGAUGUCCCCCAAUAGCACUACCAUGGAUUUCAACAUAUCUGCUGCUUUUUUUUUUGCCAAUUUGGGGAGGGGCGUUCUUUUUCCGCGUUCCUUUUUCCAGCGCCCCGAGUGGGCCUACAUAAAGGGGCGCGCCUCUCCCGCGCUGAACGUGCCAAACGGAAACGGGGCAGAAGCAACUUUCACAGAAUCUACCGUGAUAGAUGCGACCGUGAUAAAGGCAACCGGGACAGACGCAACCGUGGCAAAGUCCAAAUGCAGAGUGUGCCAAUUUGUCAUGAGCAGCAAGUGCGUGCACAGGUGCUGCUCCGUCUGCUGCAGAAAGCUGAGGUACGUCUACCGGAGGGAACUUUCCCAGGGGGCGUCAUCACAGACGCCAUCGCAGACGCCACGGAGUGGGGACAUCUACCAAAUAGAGCACGACGCAAAUAAGGGAGAUAAAUCCCUUUACCUUAUUGUGAAGAAGAAAAAGGUCCUAAUUAACUUUGAGCUGUUUGCUGAGUGCGCCGCACAUAAGGAGAGGAUGUACGAUUAUGAGCUGAUAGAUUCGCUGUUUAGAGACUUCAACAGGGAACUUGGCAAGAGGGAGCUCCACGAAGAAGAGGAAUGCAACAUCGAGCAGGCACAACCAAACGGCAAUGCACCUUCCCGCGUCGACAUGCUUAGAGAUACGCGCCAUAGCAACUUCAUAGACCAGUUUGUUGCCAAACACGCGGAAAACGACCCGCAAAAAUUUGAACAAAUAAAAAGGCUCUUUUACGUAAAGUCGAAAAAGAAGGGACAUCAUGGAACCAGUGUGGAUGACCAAAAGAAGGAAAAACUCUUCAUAGAUGUAGAUGAGUCUCCCCAGAAAGAGGAGACACUGAACUACCUGAAGAGGGACCUAUACCAAAGUUGCACUGCCUCCCACUCUAUAGCAGAGGAAGGUUCGUAUGAGUGUAAGCACCACCUGCUAAUCAUAGGUAGUGGAGCAGAUGAGCUGUUUGGAGGCUACUACCGCCAGAACAACAGACAACCGGCAAAAAGAGAAUCCAAACAGAAAACACAUUUCAAGAAAAACGAAAUGAUAAAGGAUGUGAGAAGAAUCUGGAUGAGAAAUCUGUACCGAGAUGAUCGUAUAUUAUGUUUUACUAGUUUUUCUGAUAAGGUCCUUUUUUAUCCCUACUUGGAUAUGAACCUGGUGGAUUUCCUCUUUUCGGUGUCAUUUUACAUGAUAGAGGCUCCCCUUGGGGGGUUGGCACAGACGCAAGGAGAACCUUCCUUUCCGAAAAGUGUAGCAAAAGGGGAACCCUCCAACGUGGGAUGCCUAUCCGUAAAUCUCGACGAAUGUUCCAGCAUCUAUGAAUUUAUUAGAACCCACAAAGUUAGCAAGUGGGUUCUACGCAUGGGACUCUUUUUCUCACACUGCAAGGAGUUGAUGCUCUUCAAAAAGAAGGCUAUUCAGUUUGGUUCUAAAUCGAAGAACGUGCAGAUGUACAUGCGGGAGUGGAUCUCCCGUGAGGCAGGCAAGCUCACAGGUGGGGAAAUUCCCAUGGGGGAAAUUCCCGUGGGGGACACGCAUGCUUCUUCCGAAUGGGUCCUCCCUAGUGACAAAAAAAAGGGGACAGACAGGUACACCCUCCUGUCCUGA